AUGAUCACUCGAUUAUAUUGUUCGUUAGAUAAUGUUGUGCCUCGUGUUUGUAUUGUUGGUUCUGGUCCAGCCGGAUUUUAUGCUGCAAUGCAUUUAUGCAAAAAAAUUGAAAAUGUACAUAUUGAUAUACUUGAAAAGUUACCAGUGCCUUUUGGAUUAGUACGGUAUGGUGUUGCUCCAGACCACCCAGAAGUCAAAAAUGUCAUUAAUCAGUUUACUAAAGUAGCUAAUAAACCAAAUGUGAAUUUUUAUGGAAACAUAGCUCUAGGAAAAGAUGUUGGCUUAUUACAACUUCGACAAAAUUAUGAUGCUGUUCUUUUGACAUAUGGAGCAGAAGAAGAUAAAACACUGGGAAUUGAAAAUGAAGAAGCAUAUAACAUAGUAGCAGCAAGGAAUUUUGUUGGCUGGUAUAAUGGACACCCAAGGGAUAAAGAUUUAAAGAUAGAUCUAUCAGGUACCACAGCAGCCAUUCUUGGUCAAGGGAAUGUUGCUCUGGAUGUUGCCAGAAUACUUUUGACCCCGAUUGAUAUUUUAAGAAAAACUGACAUUACGGAGCAUGCUCUCGCUGCUUUAGCAGAUUCUAAAGUAAAAGAAUUAUAUUUAGUUGGUAGAAGGGGCCCCUUACAAGUAGCUUUUACUAUCAAGGAAUUAAGAGAACAGCUGAAUCUUCCUAAUUGUAAGACUGUUUGGAGAGAGCAAGAUUUUGAAGGAGUUUCUAGUGUAGUUAGUAAUUUAGGACGUCCGAGAAAAAGACUUACUGAACUUAUGUUAAAAGCUUUGAGCGAAUCUUCUAAGAUUAAUAUUAUGCCUGGUGAUAAAUGUUUCAAACCUCUAUUUUUUAGAAGUCCCAAUAAAUUUUUAACUGACAAUAUGAAUCAUGUAACAGGUAUUGAGUUAACUUGCAAUAGACUUGAGGGUGACAAUUUAGAACAUCAAAAGUGUAUAGCUACAGAUGAAAAGGAAGUUCUAGAUUGUAGUUUAGUGUUUAGAAGUAUAGGUUAUACAAGUGUAAAGGUUGAUAAGGAUAUAAUUUUUGAUACAAAUGGUUUUGUUACAAAUGAUAAAGGUCGUGUGAUUGAAGAUAAUGUAUCGUCUUUAGCGAAACUUUAUGUUGCUGGGUGGCUCGGAACAGGGCCAGCAGGUGUUAUAUUACAUACCAUGAGUAACGCAUUUUUAGUUGCUAAAACCAUUUGUGAGGAUCUUAAAAACUGUAAAAAUUUAUCUUCUAAAGGCGGCUUCGAAGAAGUAAGAAAAUUUUUGUCGAAAUCAAAUCAAAAUCAUAUUAUAGUAGAUUGGAAUGGUUGGAAAAAAAUUGAUAAUUAUGAAGUUGAAUUAGGUAAAAAAUAUGGCAAACCUAGAGAAAAAAUAUGCAGCAUAUCAAAAAUGUUAGAAAUAGCAUCUUCAUGA